AUGGGCUUGCUGAAUAUGCUUAAUCUAUGCUCAGAAGUAAAAAUGAACGGAAAGCUGAUUUUUUCACAAUGCUUGUCUGAAGUGGUUAAGGAGAAUAAAACAUUACUCUGCUUCUAUUCAGAUGCUUUGCCAUGGCUGGUACAGCAUGCACAGCUACAAAGAACUAUGCUUAUGAACAUGUUCUGUUCCAGUAUCAAAUUCUAAAAGGGGAUUGCUUUUCUCCAGUUAACUCACAAUUCUCCAUUGACAAGCAUGAACAGUGGAUGACAUGGAAAACGUUGUUUACCGACUGCUCUCCAGAAUGUUGAGAUUGCCCAAGAAGUGACCCCAGCAAAAGAAAAAUAUUGCUCUACCUAAAUUCAAACGACAUCCUUUGCGGUGCCAUAGCACAUGGAUUUCAGAACCGCCUGUGAGGAGACAAAGACAGGAAUUUGUUUGCUGCAGGAUGGUAACCAGGAGCCUUUCAAAGUCCGGCUGCACUUAGCCAAAGAUAUUUUGAUGAUCCAGGAACAGGAUGUGAUAUGUGUGUCUGGUGAGCCUUUCUAUUCUGGUGAAAGAACGGUGACCAUCAGAAGACAAACAGUAGGAGGAUUUGGAUUAAGCAUAAAGGGAGGAGCAGAACAUAACAUUCCAGUUGUUGUUUCAAAAAUCUCCAAGGAGCAAAGAGCGGAGCUUUCAGGCCUACUUUUUAUUGGAGAUGCAAUUCUACAGAUAAAUGGCAUUAAUGUGAGAAAAUGCAGACAUGAAGAAGUGGUUCAGGUUCUUCGGAAUGCUGGAGAAGAAGUGAAUCUAACGGUGUCAUUUUUAAAAAGGGCACCUGCUUUCCUCAAACUUCCAUUGAAUGAAGAUUGCGCAUGCGCUCCAAGUGAUCAGAGCAGUGGCACCUCCUCUCCUCUCUGUGACAGCGGCUUACAUCUCAACUAUCAUCCCAACAAUACAGACACAUUGUCAUGCUCAUCGUGGCCGACAUCUCCAGGCUUGCGGUGGGAGAAGCGGUGGUGCGACCUCAGGCUGAUCCCUCUACUUCAUUCACGCUUCUCUCAGUAUGUGCCCGGCACAGAUUUGAGUCGGCAGAAUGCCUUUCAAGUCAUUGCUGUGGACGGGGUGUGCAGUGGGAUUAUUCAGUGCCUCUCUGCUGAAGACUGCAUUGACUGGCUGCAAGCAAUAGCGACUAAUAUUUCAAAUCUCACAAAGCACAAUAUUAAAAAAAUCAACAGAAACUUUCCUGUAAAUCAACAGAUUGUCUACAUGGGCUGGUGUGAGGCCCGGGAGCAAGACCCCCUUCAGGACAGAGUGUACUCCCCAACCUUCCUGGCUCUGAGGGGCUCAUGUCUGUACAAGUUUCUGGCACCUCCAGUAACCACCUGGGACUGGACGAGAGCAGAGAAAACAUUCUCGGUUUAUGAGAUUAUGUGCAAAAUCCUCAAGGACAGUGACCUGCUGGACCGACGGAAACACUGCUUCACCGUGCAGUCGGAGUCUGGGGAGGACCUGUACUUCUCAGUGGAGCUGGAAAGUGACCUCGCCCAGUGGGAAAGAGCCUUCCAGACAGCAACCUUUCUAGAAGUAGAACGGAUACAGUGCAAGACCUAUGCAUGUGUGCUAGAAAGUCAUCUAAUGGGACUCACGAUUGACUUCAGCACAGGAUUUAUCUGCUUUGAUGCUGCAACAAAGGCUGUCCUUUGGAGGUAUAAGUUUUCUCAGCUUAAAGGUUCUUCAGAUGAUGGCAAGAGCAAAAUCAAAUUUUUGUUUCAGAAUCCAGAUACUAAACAGAUUGAAGCAAAGGAGUUGGAAUUUUCAAAUUUAUUUGCUGUUCUUCACUGCAUUCAUUCCUUCUUUGCUGCCAAGGUAGCAUGUUUGGACCCUCUGUUUUUAGGCAAUCAGGCUUCUGCUUCUGCUGCUGCCAGCUCUGCUACCACGAGCAAAGCAAAGUACACAACUUGACAUACUAAGCUCUGCAUUGAUACUCACCAUAACUGUAUAAACAGAACACAUUUAUUCAUCAUUUUAGACCCUGGAAAAUCCAUAACAUGUCAACAGUGGAGGAAAAAUUGAAAUUUCAGCAGAAACAAAGAAGGUCAUGUGGAAUCUCAAAAACACUUCUAUUUUGGAUGGCAUCUGUAACAUAUAACACAUGAACAAAACAGCUCGUUCUCACUCAGUUGCUUUGUACCAGUAACUAUAUUGCUUUCACCAAAAGUGGAGACAAAAGAAUGAAUUAUUUGAAGAAGUAUGUAAAUAAUAUAAAAAUAGUAAGCUACCUAUAAAUAAAAAUACUUAUUAAAUGGUUACUUCUGUAUUUUAGAUUAUUUUGUAUGACAAGUACAUGUUGGGCAGAGUCAUAAACUAAUGCCCUAUCAUUGUAUUAUGAGGGCCAUCAAAGAGUUAAAAAUCAUAAAUCAACAAGGAGCAUGCAAAAAAAUCUCAUCAAAGAAGGAUGCACUUUCAUUUGCUGAUGUAAAUAUGCCCUUGUGUUCUCAUCCCAUGAUUGACGCUGGCACUCCAGUGGUUUUUAUCUUAUUGUAAAUAUUCCAAAGAACUUCAAAAAGAUAAUCACAUUGACCUAUGAGAGAUACAAUGUGAAAUGGACUAUUCUCCCUUGGAUCAGUGUUACUGAAAUGGCUUAUUUGCUGCCAAUGUCAAUCUACUAUGCCAAAAAUGUAUUAAU